AUGACAACAAAGUGGGUUUUGAGCGUCUUCACUGGCUGCCAGAGUGUCGCUUGCUCAUCAAAACUCAAGGCAGCGAGAACCUCUUCGUCCGAACCCGUCGAUUGUGCCCGUUCCCAGCCAGAUACUACAGCGCCUACAGCUUCGGUUACGUGGCGCUCCAUUUCGACACAUGGAACACCCGCAGGAAUAUCACUUCCUCAUGAAGAGCUCCCUUCUGUACCUAGCGAGGGCCUCAUAGAUGCAUCGACGGGCUCACAGUUUGUGCGUCAAAUUGAAAGUGCAACGACAGGCACUUCGGCGUCGAAUCAGAAACCUAACAAGGAACUUCAAACGCUGCCUAGAUUGCCCCUGCUAGUGGAGAACAGAGUCUUUUACGAGACUCUUUUUGUUCUUCCAACUAGAAGGGUGGCUGAUGACUUAUUCACAAAAUACUGGGAGCACCUUGAUCCUAUCUUUCCUUGGUUAGAUCAGGGCACAAUCACCGCAAACUACGAGAUGGUGUGGGGAAAUUCAGCAUUGGACAUGAACGAAAAGGCAUUUUAUUGCAUCCUGAACCUGAUAUUUGCGACAUCUUCCAUGAUCGGUACGACCGACGAAGUUUAUACACACACUCAGUGUGCAAGUGUUUACUUCGACAGAGCGAAACAGCUCAUGUCCUUUAAUCUUAUGGAAAUGCAUAAUCUGGACGUCAUUCAAAUCUUCCUCCUCUCUGCUGUAUACCUUCAGCACACGAACUUGGCUCGAGAAUUCGUACAGAACAUCGGUCUAGCUAUUCAAAUUGCCAGGAUGUUAGGCGUUCAAUCCUGGGAAUCUUGCCGACUACUUACUAACAGACAUGAGCAAGAUCUUGCUAUGAGAGUGUGGUUUGGAUGUAUUAUUAUGGACAGGAUUGCGGCCAUGACCUUUGGAUCGAAACCUCAGAUCGGCCAUGAAAUUGUCAAGAAAUCUGCUGUGCCGCCUACUUUUGCUGCUACCCAACAUGCGCGACGUCCAGAUAACGCCUCGAAUAUAAAUGCCGAAUUCUAUCGCGCUUUCUGUCAUCUUCAUGUUAUACUUGGCGACAUUUUGGAGUCCUUCUAUCCUUUGAGCAGCGAGCCUCCGUCUUCUGCUCAAUUUGGGGCAUCAAUCCCAACGGAGAUAAUUGAUGUCCUGGCUCCGCAGAGGCUCACGGAUUUAUUUCGAAUCGAGUCCGAUUUAUCGGCUUGGCAUUCCGGCCUGCCCUCGCAGCUGCAGGUGGAUGUUGGCCGAACAGACUCCCGGAUGACUAACGUACUUCAUGCUCGGCCCAGGAAUCGGUCACACGAGAAUAGCAGCGGCCCUAUUGAUGAGCAAGUCAUUCAGAUAGUGAUCAAAAGCUGUCACACCAAGUGCAUCAGCUCUGCACGAGAUAUCGUGAACUUUUUCAAGGACUUGAACAACAGGCAGACUACUACAUCAGACAGGAACACAUUUCCGUCCCAUUGGUACAUCAUUUCUUACAAAGAGCUCAUGCUAGAAGAUAUCUAUAUGGCUGCUACUGUUCUUAUUGCGGAAUAUCUUUGCCCUGUUACCCAAGGCCAUAUCCCGAUUUCAGAAAUCGAUGAUCUAUUAGAUCAAGUCGACGACAUUCUCAAAGGUUGCGAGCCUUCCACCAAUAUUGCUCACAAGUGUCGGGUAACACUGAAGCAGCUCAGUGCAAUGGUCAAGUCUACAAAGUUUGAGAUAGUUCGGCCGCAAGGACUGGAACCCAGCAAUCCCACUGGCGAAGUUUCGUUAGAAGACUUUAGUAACGACUUUGAUCCUGACAGUCUUGUCAUGAAUCCUCUUGAUUCAUACUUCAACUGGAAUGACUGGCCUAUUUCCCUGGGCGAUAUAGCCGAUGAAUGGCCAGGAGAUGCGUUCAGAGUGCCGUUUUAG